AUGGGAUUGUUAACAAAAGUCGCUAACGUGAGACAAUUCUCAACUACGAGAAACCUUGCUAAGAAACUAAACAAGUACUCUUAUGUUAUCACCGAACCAAAGGAUCAAGGUGCCUCUCAAGCCAUGCUUUACGCCACUGGUUUCAAGAAGGACGACUUUACCAAGGCACAAGUCGGUGUCGGGUCCUGUUGGUGGUCCGGUAACCCAUGUAACAUGCAUCUAUUAGAUCUAAACAAUAGAUGUUCUGCCUCCGUGGAAAAAGCUGGCUUGAAAGCCAUGCAAUUCAAUACCAUUGGUGUUUCCGAUGGUAUCUCUAUGGGUACUAAGGGUAUGAGAUACUCUUUACAAAGUAGAGAAAUUAUCGCUGAUUCCUUCGAAACUAUCAUGAUGGCUCAACAUUAUGAUGCCAACAUUGCAAUCCCAUCAUGUGACAAGAACAUGCCUGGUGUUAUGAUGGCAAUGGGUAGACAUAACAGACCUUCCAUCAUGGUCUAUGGUGGUACCAUCUUACCAGGUCAUCCAACUUGUGGGUCCGCCAAGAUCCCAGAAAAGAUUGAUUUGGUUUCUGCUUUCCAAUCUUACGGUGAAUAUAUCUCUAAGCAAUAUACUGAAGAGGAAAGAGAAGAUGUCGUGGAACAUGCCUGUCCAGGUGCAGGUUCCUGUGGUGGGAUGUAUACCGCUAACACCAUGGCUUCCGCUGCUGAAGUUCUUGGUAUCACUUUACCAAACUCUUCCGCAUACCCAGCCGUCUCUGCUGAAAAAUUAGCAGAAUGUGACUCCAUUGGUGAAAGCAUCAAGAAGACUAUGGAAUUAGGAAUCUUGCCUCGUGAUAUCUUCACCAAGGAAGCAUUUGAAAAUGCCAUCACUUAUGUUAUUGCCACUGGUGGGUCCACAAAUGCUGCCUUACAUUUAGUAGCCAUUGCUCAUUCUGCUGGUGUCAAGAUUACUCCAGAUGAUUUCCAAAGAAUCAGUAACACUACUCCAUUAUUAGGUGAUUUCAAACCAUCUGGUAAGUACGUCAUGGCUGACUUGAUCAACGUUGGUGGUACUCAAUCCGUUAUUAAAUACUUGUAUGACAAUGGUUUACUACAUGGUAACACCAUGACCAUUACUGGUGACACUUUGGCUGAACGUGCUGCCAAGGCCAAAUCUUUGAAGGACGGUCAAGAUAUCAUUCGUCCAAUUUCUAACCCAAUUAAGACUACCGGUCAUUUGCAAAUCCUAUACGGUUCUUUGGCUCCAGGUGGUUCUGUUGGUAAGAUUACUGGUAAGGAAGGUACUUAUUUCAAGGGUAAAGCUCGUGUUUUUGAUGAGGAAAAUGAUUUCAUUCAUGCUUUGGAAAGAGGUGAAAUCAAGAAGGGUGAAAAGACUGUUGUCAUCAUCAGAUAUGAAGGGCCAAAGGGUGGUCCAGGUAUGCCAGAAAUGUUGAAACCUUCUUCAGCUUUGAUGGGUUACGGUCUUGGUAAGGAUGUUGCUCUAUUGACCGAUGGUAGAUUCUCUGGUGGUUCCCACGGUUUCUUAAUCGGUCAUAUUGUUCCAGAAGCUGCUGAAGGUGGUCCAAUUGGUUUAGUUAAGAACGGUGAUGAAAUUAUCAUCGAUGCUAACAACAAUAAGAUCGACUUAUUGGUAUCUGAACAAGAAUUGGCUAACCGUAAGUCACAAUGGGUUAAACCAGCUCCUCGUUACACUAGAGGUACUUUAUCCAAAUAUAUGAAAUUAGUCUCCAACGCUUCUCAAGGUUGUGUCUUGGAUGCUGAUGAUGCUGAUAUUUAA